AUGUCACUCAUCCUGCCGACCGUCCUGCUCGCCCUCCUCAGCGGGCUCCUCUACCACCUAUACCUCUACGGCCAGAACCUGACCAUCGCCCGCCGCAUCGGCCUCCCGUACUUCUCAUCCAUCAUUCCGGACAACAAGACAUGGUACUUCAUCGCAAUGAACAUGGGGCCGCUGUUCCAUUUGCUGCCCCACCGCCUCGCCGCCUACGUCAACUUCACCACGUAUCUGAGACGCUGGCACUCGAAGUACACCGUCCAUGAAGAGGUUGGAGAUGUCCUGGUUAUGAUCACGAGUGGCGCUAUGCAUGUCUACGUCGCCGAUGCCGAUGCCGCCCAGGAGGUGCUGAAUGGCCGAGGGAGGUUUUGGAAGCCGAGUUGGAAUUACAGUCAUCUCAAGCUGUUUGGGGAUAAUGUUGUCGCGUGUGACGACACCACAUGGGUCCACCACAGAAAACACGUCGGCCCGCCAUUUAACGAGCGCAACAACGGCCUGGUGUGGACACAAGCCAUCGCGCAAGCGACGGGGAUGCUCCAGUCCUGGCACACCCAGCCGCCGCUAGCCGACUACGCCGCGCCCUCAUCCCCGAACUCACUUCUCGUCAGCAGCACCCUCCGGGAUUUCCGGCGGAUAACCCUCUACGUGAUCUCCAGCGCCGCCUUUGGAGUGAGCCUAUCCUUCUCCACCGGGGUCGACGCCGCCAACACCGGCGGAGAGAACGCGUUCUUCAGCGAUGGCACACCGCCGCCGGGCUACUCUCGCUGCUGGCGCGCCGCACUCGAGCACAUCAGCCUGCACCUGCCCACGAUCAUCGCGGCGCUGUCGCUUCCCGCGUGGGCGUCGCGGGGAGCGCGCAAGGCGAUCGCCGACGUUGAGGGCUACGUCAACGCGCUGAUCCGGCGGGAGCGGGAGAAGGUGAAGGAGAAGGGCGCGUCCACCGCAGGUGUAGGUGGGGGGAACCUGCUCUCGUCGCUCGUCCACACCCACACAGAAGACGAUGGCGGCACCGACACGCUCACUGACCGCGAGAUCAUCGGCAACACGUUCAUCUUCAGCAUUGCCGGGCACGAGACGACGGCUACCACCAUGCAGUACGCACUGGUCAUGCUCGCACUCCACCCAGAGGAGCAGGAGUGGUUCCUCAACCGCCUCGAUGAGCAGCUCGCCGGGCUGCCGGAAGACCCCAGCCAGUGGGACUACAAAGUCUACGACCGCCUGGCAGUCGUCCGCUGCCUCAUGCUCGAAACCCUCCGCCUCUUCCCGCCGGUCCCCGGCCACGCCAAAUCCACGCUCACGCCGCAACCGCUCACCUUCCGUGGCCAAACGCACCAUCUGCCCGCGCACACGAUGGUAACGGUGAACGCGGCGGGUCUGCACCAGCACCCCUCGUACUGGGGGCCACAUGCCUCCCGCUUCCAGCCGGCGCUCUGGGACGCCACCAACAAGACCAGCCAUCUCGCGCAGUUCCCGCAGCCGGAGGGCGAUUGGGCCGAGGCGCCGGGGUUAUACAGGCCCAGAAUGGGCAGCUACGUUCCGUUUAGUGGCGGCCAGAGGGUCUGUCUCGGACGGAAGUUUGCGAGCGUCGAGUUUGUUGCUGUCGUCGCGGUCGUGAUGCGCGGCAGGAGGGUCAGAUGCGCGAGGAAGGGGGCGGAGACGCAGCAGCAGGCGAUGGAAAGGGUCAGGGGCUGUGUCGAUAGGAGUACUGGCCUCAUGGCGCUGUGUAUGACUGAUGAGGUCGGGGUGGUGCUGGAGGAGCGGUAG